AUGUACCGUCAAUCAAUAUACGAACAGUUUUCUGAAGAAGCAGCAAUUUUGAAACAUUAUGGACUUGAUACUAUUGAUCCUGAAUAUUGGGUAGGAGAGAGCGAUGUCAGAAACUCCAUUAGAUAUUCUUAUGUAGAAGGGCCGAAUAGUCAGACUGGUAAUGGAGCCAAUGUAGGCGUACUAAAUGACAGAUGGAGUUUGGAUGACACUGACCCUCUGGAUAUGUCGCCUUCAAAGCGUUCCACGCAGGAUGUUCUUGAUGAAAUGCAAGAAAAGUCACAAUUACUGGUCGGCACAAAAUCUUUCAACCCCAAGUAUUUUUUACGGCAAGUUCACAAAGAUGCAUCUUAUAAAGAUUUACUGGGGGGAGCUGAACGUUUAAGAUACACAUUGGAUCAGAAAUCUGAAGCACUUCGAAAUUUAGUACAAAAUAAUUUUGAUCGAUUUGUUAGUGCAAAAAACACGAUCGACACUGUAUAUGGUGAAAUGAAAACAAAGAGCUUGAAUGUUGAUAAUGAUUAUGGAGUAAGAGGAUUAGAUAAUGCGCUCUCUGUGGUUCUAGAAUCGACAAUGUCAUCGGAUACAUCGGAAGGCAAUGGAUCUAGUAAUCCUUCAACAGAAAAAGAAGUCGACGAUACUGCACUUUCAGCGCAAUAUCGGAAAGUUUUUGAUAAAGUUUGGGCUGAGAUCGAGAAAAUAAUGGAAGAGAUGAGAGAACAACUCUUCAAACAAUUGACAGAACCAUGGAGAUCGAUGGAAGAACAAGAGAGAACUAUUAAUGUACUUCUUGAACUUGAUACGCCUGAAGAUCCAAUAUGGCAUUAUCUUGAUAGUCAAUACAAAUUUAUAAUCGAUCUUUUAAAAGAAUCAUUUCAAGAGCAACAAAUUAAGAUUCAAGCAUUGAAAAAAUCUCUGCCGGUUUCUUCCGGUGAUACCAAAGAAAUUGCAUUACGCCUUAAAAUUGCAAUAAGGUCUGUCAAUAUAAGGGAUUAUGAUUCCUUGAUAG